GGUCUUAUGAGAAAUACGGAAUUGUCAAAGUUACCUGACGGUGGACAACGUUUACUGCAGAAAAUUAAAGAGUUAGAAAAAAAGUUAAACGACCACAGUAUUCGUACUAGUGAUGAAAAUCUCGCUUCUUAUGAAACAAUCAAGAAAAAUGAGGCUAACAUUAUUCCAAUACAAAAAGGACCUUUAUUGGUUUCUCCUCAAAUUCCUAGAGGAUAUCGAUUAUUUGGAGGUAAAAUGACCGACGACAGAUUUUUCUUAGCAAAUGCAGUUACUGGACAAGUCAUUGCGAGGAUGCACAAUUCACUUUCAAAUAUUCCUGAAAAUGUGAAAACUGAUACACCUACUGGUGUGCAGACUGAACUCAUGCCUCAUCAAAAAGAAGGCCUCACUUGGUUACUGUGGCGCGAAAACCAGCUGCCACCCGGUGGUAUACUAGCUGAUGAUAUGGGCUUAGGUAAGACGUUAAGCAUGAUUUCGCUUAUUGUGCAUGCAAAAGAAAGACAUGAGCAAGAUGCAGAACAGAUUGAAAAAGUGCAAAAAAAAAACAUGCGAGAUAGAAGUUUAAUUCCGUCGAAGAGCACAUUAGUCAUUGCUCCAGCCUCGGUAAUUUUUCAGUGGGAGCAGGAGUUCAAGAAACAUGUAAAAAAGAAUGUGCUCUCCUGUUAUGUAUUUCAUGGACCUAAACAAAAGCGUAUAAUUGAUCCCAUGAGUCUUGCUGUUUAUGAUGUCGUAAUUACAACUUACGGAAUUGUGAGUAGUGAGUUAGCCGAAAAGUUCACGAUAUCUAAUGAUGGCCAAAGUAAUGAAAGUAAUGGUUCUGAAGAAGAAAAAGUUACAAAUAGAAAGAUUUCAAGGAAAUCGAAUUCUGCUCUCUUGAAAAUAUUUUGGGAGCGUAUCAUUCUAGAUGAAGCUCAUCAGAUAAAGAAUAGAGCUUCUCGAGUUUCUAAAGCAUGUUGCAAAAUUCCUGCUAGAGCACGCUGGUGUCUUACGGGCACCCCAAUUCAUAAUAAUUUGUGGGAUUUAUAUUCCUUAAUAAGGUUUCUUCGUGUAACACCAUUUGAUGAAGAAGCUGUCUGGAAGGAAUACAUCUUGUCAACGAAUUCAUCGUCUCAGAGGUUAAAUACAUUGGUCAAAGGUUUACUCUUACGGCGAGAAAAAAAUCAAUUGCGUGCUGAAACCAAUGAACCAAUUGUUAAUCUGAUGCCAAAAAUCUGUGAAACAAUUGAACUUAAGCUUGAAGGUUUCGAAAAAAAGGUCUACGAUUAUAUGUUCCAAGCUUCAAGACAACAAGUCAAAGAAUUAAUUAAGUCACGAGAAGACAAAGAAGAAGCAUUAUAUGGUAUCAAGCAUAAUGAACAGUUAUCUACCAAUACAAAAAAAUUGAGAAAUCCGUUCUUGGGCGGUUCAAAAACAAUUGGUACUACUCAUAAUUUUCAAACGAUGACAUGUGUUUUGACGCUGCUGAUGCGUUUACGACAAGCCUGUGUACAUUUUGCACUAAUUAACCAGGCAGUUGAUAUGGAAGCAUUAGAGACGUUGGGUGUUGAUGAGGAUGAAAAUGACGAAAUGCUAUCGAAAUGUUUCUCAAAUAUGUCAUUUUUGGAUGAGAAAGCCAUUACUAUGGAUCCAUUUGUUGAACAAGGGAAUAACCAGCUACAAAGACUUUUUGAAAAAACAUUUCUAUCGACUAAGAUCAAAAAAUUGCUUGAACAUUUGGACUAUGCUCUUUCUUCUGGCGAUAAAUGCGUUGUUGUAAGUCAAUGGACCAGCCUUCUUAGCAUCAUUGAGUAUCAUUUGGAACGAAAAUGUAUUUCAUACACUUCUAUCACAGGAAAAGUUUUGGUUAAUGACAGGCAAAUUAGAGCUGACAGUUUCAAUACAGCUAGUAGAGGACCUCAGGUAAUGUUAUUGUCGCUGACAGCUGGUGGAGUGGGUUUGAAUUUAGUGGGUGGUAAUCACUUGUUUCUUAUUGACUUACACUGGAAUCCAGCUCUUGAACAGCAAGCAUCUGAUCGUAUUCAUCGUAUGGGACAACUGAAAAAUGUCUAUAUACAUAAAUUUGUGUGCCUUGAUACAAUUGAAGAGCGUGUUUUGGCAUUACAGCAAGUGAAACAAACGUUGGCCAAAAGUGUUUUAGAAGGAGCUGCAUCAAAAAAGCUGAACAAUUUGACAGUCGCUGACCUUAAGUAUUUAUUUGAUUUGGGUCGUCAACCAAAUGAGUGGGCUGCUGUUCCCAGUAGUACUGAACCACCGAAAAUCGUCGUUGCUUCAGCUACUUCUAGUGCUAUGAAAGAAUCUUGA